AUGCGGAUUCUUAUCAUCGGUGGCAGUGGGCGGACUGGCAAGUUGACUACAAAAGAGCUUCUGCAUCGAGGACACAAAGUGACUGCCCUAGUCAGGAAUCUCUCCGCAAUGGAAGAUAUGCCAGCCGGGCUAGAUACUAUAAAAGGCACACCAUCGAAUAUAGCCGAUGUGAAAGCGGCUUUUGAAUACGAAAUCCCCGCCGCAGUAAUCGUGACACUAAACGCCCCCCGGGAAUCGGAUAGCCCCUUUGCCGCUCCAAUGGCUCCUCCGGGCUUGAUGGUCAAUUGCAAUGCAAAUAUAGUUGCGGCAAUGAAGGAGUUUGGAGUUCCAAAACUCGUUGUUCUGCAAGCUUUUGGCGUUGGUGACUCCUGGCCCAACAUGCAUUGUUUGCUGCGCCUUCUGAUGUCCAAGUCCAACAUGAGCCAUCAAUAUCUCGAUCACAACCAGACUGAGGAGGAGGUGCGGAAUUCCGGAGUUACCUACGUUUUGGUCAGACCAUCCCGGUUAGUGGACACGGACACGGAGAAGGUGAAGGUGUGGCCGAACCAUGGCAAAGGAGUGCCAUUGAUGGCCCAGACCAGCCGUAGAAGCGUUGCUCGUUGGCUUGUUGAUGCUACAGAGACCGACCAGUGGGACAACACGGAGCCGGUAAUCACCAAUUGA